GAUGGGAAAAUGAUUCUUGGGGUUAUCACAACACUGAUGGUGGAUUCUUUCAUUGUUCGAGAGAAGGCAGACCGUACGGUCCACCAUUUACAACUGGUGAUACUAUUGGAUGUUGUCUAAAUUUCAGAGACGAUAAAGUGUUCUUUACCAAAAACGGAGAACGUAUUGCAUCCGAAAAUUUAUUAGAAGGGUUAAAGGGUACCCUAUAUCCUUCUAUAGGAAUGAGCUCAUCAGGCGCUAUUAUUAAAGCAAAUUUUGGGCAUAGUGAAUUUCAAUAUCGACUAGAAGAAUACCAAAAUGAUAUUUUUCCAAUAUAUUCAGAUGAUGAUUUUGUUGAAGAUAUGUCCAUAGACCUCGAUUAUGAUGACAUGGAAUUAAGUGAAGAAGAAUCAAAGGUCCCUCCGACUGCAAUAACUGAAAAAGAGCGCACAUACCCGUCAUCUACGAGUAAGGCCAUUAAUAUUACAUCGAGAAACCAGGAUAAAAUGUUUGCCGAGUUUAUCAGUGCCAUCAUGCAAUUCAGGACAAAGGAUUUCAUAUCUAGACCAAAUAUUGUGUUUAAAAACGAACGUGCGAUAGAUGCAGGAGGAGUAUUUAACGACACCAUGUAUCGAAUUUUGGAAAUUUUUAUGUCGUUAGAAAAUCCAGAAUAUGGUGGUGAUGGUCAUCUUUUUUCAGGAGAUCACUCAAAGUUGAUCAGCUCUACAGCACCAAUGGAUUUAAUCGAUGAGCUCAAUGUAUUUGGUGACGUAUUGUUUCUCGCAAUAAUCUACGACGCCCCAUUUCCUAUCGAUUUGGAUAUCGUCCUAUUCAAGUACUGCUUAAAGUUGGAUAGCACUAUAUCACUCGAUGAUCUGAAGAGAUUUAACGAGCCAAUGUAUAAUUUGGCUAGAGAGGUAUCAAACGCAAGCGUAAGUGUAAAUUUGUCGACCAUCGAUGGGUUUGAUCAGUGGGCCGAGGAAAACGAAAUCAGUCCUAUACAAAAACACAUGUAUGCAAGAUCAAGAGAGAAUUUGAGGAAAUUGUCCAAGAAAAUUUGCAAAGAUGUCUUGAUUAAUAGUCGAAUUAAUCAAUUUGAUACCAUAUGCAAAAAACUCAAUAGAUUUGGCUUCCUUGAUGUUCUAAAGGCAAAGAAAAUUACAAUCGAGCAAGUUAAUGAUCACCUAUAUCGAGAGGUCAUGACUGCAGAAGAUGUCAUUCGAAAAUUGAAAUUUGGUGAUACACUAAAUAACAAUCAAAUCAAGGUUCAAGGGUGGCUUAUCGAUUGGUUAAGAGAGCAAGAGAAGACCAAUUUGCGACAAUUCUGUCUAUUGAUCUCUGCGUAUCCGUGUCCUAGACAAGAACUAAAGGUAUCAUUUAAGUCUAAAUCUUAUCGUGGCGCCAGAGAUCUCCAUAUUACGCCCGAAUUUCAUACAUGCUUCCAAGAGUUAACGCUCAGUCCGAAUUUCACAUCAAAGCAAGAGUUCUACAACGUGAUGAAUGUACAGCUUGAUCAGGGAAUUCACGACAACCGAUUUUCCAUUGCUUAG